AUGUCAGAUCCUGUAGUAAAGUCACUUCUGGACACAGAUAUGUACAAGAUUACGAUGCAUGCUGCUGUCUUUACUAAUUUCCCUGAUGUUACAGUCACCUACAAAUAUACCAACAGGUCAUCCCAAUUAUCUUUCAAUAAAGAAGCCAUCAAGUGGCUGAAAGAGCAAUUUUCAUACCUGGGAAAUUUGAGGUUCACAAAGGAAGAAAUUGAGUACUUACAAAGAGAAAUUCCAUAUUUACCAUCUGCGUACAUCAACUAUAUUAGUAGUUCAAAUUAUAAACUAAAUCCCGAGGAGCAAAUUACCUUUACUUCAGAAGAAAUUGAGGGAAAGCCCUCUCAUUAUAAAUUGAAAAUUCUGGUCAGUGGUUUUUGGAAAGAUACUAUACUUUACGAGAUUCCUUUAUUGUCCUUGAUUUCUGAGGCGUAUUUCAAGUUUGUCGACACUGAUUGGAACUACGAGAAUCAGUUAGAACAAGCCAUGAGGAAGGCAGAGACUUUAUUUGAUAAUGAUAUUAAGUUUAGUGAGUUCGGUACAAGACGUCGUAGAUCCUUGGAGACUCAAGAUCUUAUUAUGCAAGGCAUCAUGAAGGCUGUAAAUGCGAAUCCAGAGAAGAAUAAAUCGCUGUUCUUAGGUACCUCGAAUAUUCUUUUUGCCAAAAAAUAUGGAGUAAAGCCAAUUGGUACUGUGGCUCACGAGUGGGUUAUGGGUGUUGCUUCUAUCAGUGAAGAUUAUUUACAUGCCAAUAAAGAUGCCAUGGACUAUUGGAUUAAUACAUUUGGUGCAGAAAAUGCAGGUUUAGCAUUAACAGAUACUUUUGGCACAGAUGACUUCUUAAAAGCUUUCUAUCCACCAUAUUCUGAUGCUUAUGUUGGUGUUAGACAAGAUUCUGGGGACCCAGUUGAAUAUACAAAAAAAAUUGCCCACCAUUACCAUGAUGUGUUAAAAUUACCUAAAUUCUCCAAAAUUGUUUGCUAUUCAGAUUCAUUAAACAUCGAAAAGGCAAUAACUUAUUCUCACUCAGCUAAGAAUAAUGGAAUGUUGGCCACAUUCGGUAUUGGUACGAACUUCACCAAUGAUUUUCAUAAGAAAUCAGAACCACAGGUUAAGAGUGAGCCUUUAAACAUUGUUAUCAAACUUCUAGAAGCCAAUGGUAAUCAUGCUAUUAAAAUUUCUGAUAACUUAGGUAAAAAUAUGGGCGAUCCAACAACUGUAAAAAGAGUGAAAGAGGAACUAGGAUAUACUGAACGAAAUUGGAAUGGUGAUAAUGAAGCACAUAGAUGGACCUAA